GCUGUCACUUCUGUCACUCCUACUUCCGGUUUGUUCACUGUUUUUUUUACUGUUUUCUUAGUUUUUUCGACUUUAAAAUUGAAAAUACUGUCAGUAUUACUAAUUCUUUUAAAAUAUUACAGUAUAUAUUAUACUAUUACAUUUGUCCUGAAUAUUAGUUAAAUAUGUUGGUACUAGUUUUGGGAGAUUUACAUAUUCCACAUAGAUGUAGUAGUUUACCAAGCAAGUUUAAAAAACUUCUUGUUCCUGGAAGAAUACAACACAUUUUAUGUACAGGCAAUUUAUGUACAAAAGAAUCUUAUGAUUAUUUAAAAACAUUGGCCAGUGAUGUUCAUGUCGUUAGAGGAGAAUUUGAUGAGAAUUUAAAUUAUCCUGAACAAAAAGUAGUGACAGUUGGACAAUUUAGAAUUGGAUUGUCUCAUGGACAUCAAGUUGUUCCAUGGGGAGAUCCAGAAUCUUUGGCCUUGAUCCAAAGGCAAUUAGAUGUUGAUAUUUUGAUAUCUGGCCAUACACAUAAAUUCGAAGCAUACGAACAUGAAAAUAAAUUUUACAUUAAUCCUGGCUCUGCGACUGGAGCUUACAAUCCUCUCGACACCUCAGUGAUUCCAUCAUUCGUCUUAAUGGAUAUCCAGAGUUCUACUGUCGUUACAUAUGUUUAUCAAUUGGUUGGUGACGAAGUUAAAGUUGAACGGAUAGAAUACAAAAAGAGCUAAGUUUAGAUAAUAUAGAAAAACGUGAUAUUUUUUGGAUACAAUUUUUUUUUUCUGAAUUCUUUUUACAUAAAUGAAUAGUGCUGAAUUUUUUUUUUUUUCGCUAUUUUUAGAAUAUGAAUUGAUUUUAAAAAAAAAAAUUCUGCAAAAAUAUUUAUAUAACUGCGUUAUAAUACGCAUACUUAGGAGCGUAUUGCUUCUAAUGUAAAUAAGUUAAUUGUAAAAAAAAAAAAAAAACUAGCUGAGAGGGAACAUUUAUUUAUCGUAUAAUCUCAGUUUUUAGAUAUUGGUUUAUAAAGGAUUUUAUCAGUUACAUGAUUUUUAACUCUAAUAAUUAUUUUAUCUAAAUAAUGAAUAUAUUAUUAUAAAGUAUCAAACAAAACGUAAAUUAUUAAUAUUGAUAAGAUAAUAAAUAAAACGUUAUGUAAUUUAA